AUGGACCUCUCCCAACCCCAAACCUACACCUAUGACCUCGGCAACCUCCUCAUUAACGACCCCACUCCCCUUCCCCACCACACCCCGACCACGCUCGAAUCAACCCUCCAAACCACCGCCCAAGCCACGGCCCAAGGCCUCCUCCAUCAACUCCUCACCGCCUGCCCCAUCGUCCGCAGUACCGACGACGCCGGCGCCUUGCACAUCCGUCUCCCGGCCCCCUCCACCCUCCUCCCCAGAGAGAAACCAGUCCCAAAGGCGAAAGAGAAGACGACGUGGGAGAAAUUCGCCGAGAAGAAGGGGAUCGGGAAGAAGCGGAAGGAGGGGAAUUUGAAGUUCGAUGAGGGGAAGGGGGAGUGGAGGAAGAAGUACGGGUUUAAGGGGGGUAAAGGCGGUGCGGGUUUGGACGGGAUGGAUGGGAAGGGCGGGGUGAGCGCGGACUGGAUUACCGAGGUUUUGGAUGAGAAGGAGAAGAAGGAGGUGGAGGAGAAGAAGGGGAGGGUUGAUCGGGAGGGGAAGCGGAUUCGAAGUUCGGGGAAGCGGGGGCAAGGGAAACGGGGCCAUUGA